GAAAGUGCACGAUCAAUAUUUAAAUCUUUAGACAUGUGCAGCCUUGCAGUGUGAAAAGUCCCAUGCGAGAAUACAUUCAAUAAGGGGGCAACUCACCAGGAACAUUCACCCCUGUUCUGGGGCUGACACGCUCCGACGCCAAUCUAUCCGCCCGGGACGAGACCUAAUGGUGUAGACCACUUGCCUCAACUUGUCCCCGCUGCUCGUUGGCGUCCGUGUCCUCAAACCGUUCCUUACGGAAUUCCUCCGCCACAGGUGCCGGAUCUAUCCGGCGUUACGUUGCCAGGUAUCCUCCAAUAGGGGCCAAGGAUCACACAGCCCAGAAUGCAGCACAAGCCGAAAUCCGAAAUCAAACAGUCACAAUACAGGUGUGGUACUUGGGUAACUGAUCGAAAUAAGAAGAACUUGUUUCAGCAUGCUGACCUCUCAUUUCUUAAUAUUAUGCUACUUCCACCUACUUGUUUUGUUGAAGCAUAAAACGUGGGCGAAAAACAUAAACUUCCACAACGUGAGACCCCCUUUAGACCCCACACCAUUCCCAAACAGUUUCAAAUGUUUUACUUGUGAAACAGCUAUUGAUAACUAUAACUGCAACCGAUGGGCAGAAGACAAAUGGUGUCCUCAAAACACACAUUUUUGUAAAACUGUGCACCACUUUACAAGCCUUGGAAGGAGUAAGUUUGUCACCAAGAAAUGUGCCACUAAAGAGGAAUGUCGCUCUGUGGGGUGUCACCAUCAUAAGGAUUAUGGGCAUACAGAGUGUAUUUCUUGCUGCGACGGGAUGAUAUGCAACGUGGAUGUUCCAACAAAUCACACGAAUGCUGUUUUUAAUGUGAUGAGAUCUCACAGGACUUCAGGCGCCUCUAGAACUGCAGCUCACAUCUAUGUGGUUACAACAGUCAUUUUACUUCUCAUUGUACCCUAACAGCACCACUCAUGGUCAGAUGUGCGCACUUGAGAAACUACAAAUUACUUUGUUUUCAAGUGGCAAUGGAAGUGGAAUUCACUUGAAACAUACUUAUAAACAAUGCAAUACUUUGGGGACAUCACUGGCAAACAGCCGCUUACAAAGGAUAUUGCUGUCGGUGCUUACCAUGAAAAUAGAUUUUGGGGAUGAAGCUAAGUGUUUGUGACGGACAUUUAAGUAGUGACUUCAGUUGUAUCACUGUAGCGUCAGUUUGUAUUUUAUUUAUUAUUAUUACUUGAAAUUGGAAGUAUAGUCUCUGAAAAUGAAUGAACAGUUCAAUAACAUUGUAAGAGAGCAGCAGAAAAACGUCAAAACCAGUUUUCUUAGUUUGUCUUGCAGCUGCCUUACUUUAGAUUGGCAGUAGACUUGGUAAUGUAAUACCAAAUGACACUGGAAUGUACACUUAUUGUAUUAGUGAGUGCCACUGAGCGGGGCAUAAAAUGUAUUUAAGAAAUGUGUUAAACUUACAUAUGUAUUCUUGAUGUGCCUUAUUUCUAGGAAUCAAAGCUUGUGUAAAAAAAUGAUCGAAAUACUCCUAUAUCCUUAGCUCACGUUAGUUUUGUCUGUUAAUCAUAAAAUAUACUCAAUCAAUUAAAAUUAUUUUUUUUCUCUAAAUGAAUCAAUUCAACAUAUUAUAAACAAAUGUAAUUUUCGAAUUGCACAAUAGUCGUUAAAGACGAGAAGCAUCAAAAGUUAGUUCCAAACGCCAAACCCAUUCUGAUUUAUAAAGUAACUAAUAUACAUCCACAGUGUAUCACAAAGCACAACUUGAUAGUGUAAAACUGCUCUCUAUUCAAAUAAUUAUUUAAAGUAGCAUUAAACACUAAAUAAUAAUUAGACAGGAUGAUGUAUUCAAAGCAAGAGAUUAGAUUAGAAUCAUUUUCAUUUGUAUUUUUUAAACUAUAUUAGUUGUUUAUAUAUUGAAUUAAGUGUAAAGUUUUAGUGUCCUUAAGGCAAUGGAUACCACCAUGUUGUAACCCAGGUUUCCUUCUCUGCUGAGACCAAUAAGGGACAGUAAUAAAUGUGCCACUAGAGUGUGCAACCAAUGACUUUAAGGAGUGUUAAGUCUGGAGUCUGCACUUCCAGGAAUAGGAAGCCUACAGUGUGCAGAAUUACAUUGCAGAAAAUGGGGACAAACUAAAUAUACAUUUUUUAAAUAAUUUAUAUUAAACAUCUUACAUUUUAAUCUCAAAAUGUUUAAUGUCCCUUUAACCUAUUUCCUAGGAUAAAAAAGUUGCAUUAUUUGGAUGCUGCUUCUUUAAAACCGCACUGAACGCUCUCGUAUUCUAAUCUGUCUAACCAUCAGACAGUUUUAAGAGUGCUUAAAUAAUUGUCAAUCUUAUAGAUUGAUAUUCGUGUAGGUACUUUUUCAUUUGUGUAUUUUUUAUGUACUAAUUGUUUUGCUGGAUUGCAGAUGUUUUCUAUGCAAAAAUUUAAAGGGACACUGAACCCAAUUUUUUUCUUUUGUGAUUCAGAUAUACAUUUUAAGCAACUUUCUAAUUUACUCCUAUUAUGAAAUUUUCUUCAUUUUCUUGGCAUCUUUAGUUGAAAUGCAAGAAUUUAAGUUUAGAUGCCUGCCCAUUUUUGGUGAACAACCUGGGUUGUUCUUGCUGAUUGGUGGAUAAAUUCAUCCACCAAUAAAAAAUUGCUGUCCAGAGUUCUGAACCCAAAAAAAAGCCUAGAUGCCUUCUUUUUCAAAUAAAGAUAGCAAGAGAACGAAGAACAAUUGAUAAUAGGAGUAAAUUAGAAAGUUGCUUAAAAUUGCAUGCUCUGUCUGAAUCAAGAAAGAAAAACUUUGGGUUCAGUGUCCCUUUAAGUUUAUUAAUUGUACAAUUUAUCUUAGCCUUGGCAAAAAUAAAUCUACUUUUUAUUAGAUUGUUCAAGUAGGUUUUGUAUGUAUGUUUUAAUUUUUGUUACACUUUUGUAAACUAUUUAUAAUAAAUUCUUAUUAGUCAAA